AUGCCAACUCUCUGUACCAACUCUAAUGCAGCACACAGCUGUACCUGCCUCUUUGGUUACCUGCUCACCAGCCCAGAUGCCAUAGCCAGCCCCUUAAACCCAUGCCUAGACAUAGAUGAGUGCGCUAACACCCCUGGUCUAUGUGGUCUCCACUCUGUGUGUACCAAUGCACCAGGGACCUUCCACUGUUCCUGUGUGGAAGGAUACUUCUCCUCCACUGGAGUACUGUGGGAAACUGACUUCACUGUGUGUGAAAGUGUUGAUGAUGUUCUAGCCGCCAUAGUUCCCCCAGAGGGCCAAUCUAAGGAGAUGUACUUCCUCAACCAGAUGAACCAACAGCUGAUGGAGAACCCUGAUAUUGUCCUACCAGAGGGGAAGGUGUCAGGAGCGGGAACCAUCUCAGCGCAGCAGGCCAGUACAGGCCAGGGGUGGAGUGGGGCUGGAAAGGAUGGCGGGGAGUCUGGCAGUGUGGUCCUGAAGAUCUCAGUGCUCCUGGUGAAUGCCUUAGUGGACCCUUCUCAGGGCCGGGUCAACAAAACCAUACACACACCUGAGCUGGACAUUAGUCUGCAGGUAAUGGAGGCCAACAGUACAGACACCUCUUCCCUCUCAGCCAGGGGACACACCAUGGACAUCAACCUAAAGGCUCUGGCCAGAAACAAUAAUGGUACAGCAUCAGCAGUAUUCCUGACAGUCAGUGGGAUGGAGAGCCUUCUGGGUGCUAGCUUCUUGCAGACAGAAAACCACACAGAGAUGUUGUCUGAUGUCAUCACCGCCACACUGCCCAAGAUCAACCACACCCAGCUCUCUGAGCCUGUCAACUUCACCAUGAGCCACAAGAGGGACAGAGGAAUGGAAUAUGAGAAUGGAACCAAGGGGAGGCAUUGGUCAGUGAACGGCUGUUGGGUUGUGUUCUCUGAUGAGAACUACACAGUGUGUAGCUGCUCUCACCUCUCCACCUUUGCCCUCAUCAUGCAGACAGGGGAGGACAAUCCCUUCCUUGAGUGGGUGAACAGAAUGUGUGUGAUCGUGGGCCUGGUCUUCUUUGCUCUGGCCAUCCUCACCUUCCUGCUGUGUAGCUGGAACCCUAAGAUCAACAACACAGCCCGCCUCCACCUCUGCCUCUGCCUCUUCCUGUCCCAUCUGCUGCUGCUAUUGGAUUACACCUACCUCACUCACAAGCUGGUGUGCUCCAUCAUGGCAGGUCUCCUCCACUUCCUGGUAGUGGCCAGUUUCCUGUGGAUGCUGCUGGAGGCGCUCCAGCUCUACCUGCUGGUCCAGAGACUCUCUAGGAUCCAGGUCAUCCAGAGGGAAGGCCUCCAGAAGAAAUACCUCUUCCUGAUUGGAUAUGGCAUCCCCCUGGUGAUCGUGGGUGUGUCUGCAGCUGUGAAACGUGACGGCUAUGGGGGAUCUAAAGUAUGCUGGCUGAAGCCAGAACAAUACUUUACCUGGGCUGUGUUAGGGCCAGUCUGUACUGUCCUAGCACUGAACUGGAUAUUGUUCUGCGUUACAAUCUGGAGUUUGAGACCUACCUUGGCUAACAUGAAGAGUGAUGUCUCACAGUCCAAAGACACCAGGCUGAUCAUCUUUAAGAUCCUGGCACAGUUUGUGAUCCUGGGUUGUACCUGGGUGCUGGGCUUGUUCCAGUCCACCAUGGUCUUCAAGUACCUCUUCAUUGUGCUCAACUCCCAGCAGGGCACCUUCCUCUACAUAGUUCACUGUCUCUUCAACAAGGAGGUACGUGAUGAGUACAGGAAGUGGCUGGGCUGUUCUUCCAGCUCCUCUACUCCAGACUCUAUGCCCAGGAGCUCCACAUCCGGCUUCUUCACCUGUGGGAUCAUCUGA